AUGUCGAGUGACCGUGGGACGCAAGCACUUGCUGGGGAAGAGGAAUGGAUUUCAAUUUUCGACUUCAAUAUACCGGAGGACAUGAUCAUGGAAUUUGAAGGCAGGUCAUGCAAUAUUUUUGAUGACGAGAAGAACGUGGUCGACAAACUAGGGUAUAAUGAUGGGAAGGUCUCGAGAGAAGUGAAAAAGGGAUGGUGUUGCUACGUGUUGAAAGCUAAAGUGAAAUUCAGCAAAUGCCAGGAGUAA